AGCAUCCAUCCUGCUUCGUACUUACUUGGCUUUCUCCACCACUUUCACCAGCAGCACUGACCUCAACAAGGUUACCCACAUACAUCGCAUCCAUCUCCCUCAUUUCUCAUCAAUCUUCAUCUCCCAUCUCGGCCAAUUCUAGACAUUUAUUCUUGUUUACACUUUUUCUCUCUCUCUACAAAUGGACUUGUUUGAUUCGUGAGCAACAGAUAUACGCUUGAUUUUACCGAUUUCAAAACCACUGUAAUCUCCUUGUACUGGGCAGCCCAUGCAGAAGAAGAUCAAAGCUAAGGACGACAAGGACGAAUUUGUCCCUUUGUGACCAUCUUUUCCUCCCAGAAAUAUCUAGAAAACCCAACCAGCCUUGUGAUACGAGUGACACAGCAAGAUUACAAAGUGUCCAUGUCCUGUCCAAGUGUUGAAUAAUACUAAUAAAACUAAAUCAAUUUCACUCCUCUCCCAUGUCAUGAAAUACUUUCUCUCUCUGAGCGAGAUACAUAAAGCUGGAUGAGAUUGAAAAACGAUUUCCGCUGGGAAUGGACAUGCAGAAUUUAGUGGUCGUCGUUUUCAUGUUCACAUUCACUCACAUGUAAUCCGGAAGGUUUUGCAGUCUCCUCCCGACACAAUAAAAGCUCUCAGUCGAAGGCUACAAACUGAUGGACUUGGAAACUCUAUUAAUGCCCACUUUCGUGACAAUCUCGCUGUCAGAUGAAAAUUUGGAUGGAUUUUCGAACCUGAAAAAUGAAUCCUGAAUUGAUUUAAUUUUCACUUUGUAACAGUUAGUGAAAGUCUGGCAGGCAUACAAAUUUAGGGAUAUAGCUUGGAGAGAAAGCAAGCAAUCCCAUGUGAGUGAAGUAAACUUUACGUAUUGCUAGUUCCCAGUGGAUUUUAUGUAUACCACAACUUUUACAUACAUACAACUGAACACCUACAUAGAUAGGUGCCCGUCAAAAUAUUCUGAAGGUGAAAGCGGCUCAACAUUGCAGUGAAAAUAUAGUGAAUCUCGACUCAACCGUGUUGGACGAGGAUUCGCAGUGGAAUUGAAGUAGCAGAGCAAUCUCUCAGAUUACAAGGUGAAUUUAAAACCUGAAUCUAAACCAAGGUGUGUGACGCACGGCGAAACGAAAAUGGAAUCAAAGUUACAACCAUCUUCAAAAUUUGGGGCCAAGGUUCGUCACAAUUCGCAACGUAGGGUACAUCAAACCCCUCUGGGUUUUGCCACGGUUCGCCAGCGAAUCUGUACCUUUCUCUCCGUGGAAGAUCUGAAAGCAACGCGUUACGUGAACCAGGCUUGGCAUUCGGACGCCACUUUCGAACUCUCGACCCGAAUCCAACCAAUUCUACUUCACACCAAAGCAGACUGCAAGAACUUGAUGAAAGUGCUUGAGAAGAGUUGUGCCCCCUCCAAGAAGUCAAGGCUAUGCAAUAUUCAUCCAUUACAUGCUUUCGCGUUCUUCGCUUCUUUCCCUGAGGAUCCGCCACCGAUCCCGUAUAAAACUGGGAUACUUGAUUACAUGCAUUCAAAAUAUAGAAAUCCUCGUCAAACUUGGGAGGAGUAUUUCUUUACUACCUACGGGGCCCAAAUAACUGAACUGAAAUUCAUCCAAUUUAAUCUUUAUACGGAGAAAGCACUUCGUGAAUUUCGAGAAAUGUUGUCCACAUCUUGUCCUCAGUUGUCCAUUCUUACCCUCCAAUUCCAAAAAGAUCCCUCGUCAAGUUCCUCUUACAGCGGUGGUGGUGGUUCUGGUACUUCGUCCACCUCAACACCCACGCCAUCACCUUCUCCAUCACCACAAAUGAUUCCGGGGGCUGAGAACGUAUUCUUUCCAACGGAAGAAUCUCUCCGUAAAACGCUCGUAAAUCUGAAAAAGUUUACCUUCACGACGGACAAUAAAUGUUUCAUGAAUAAAAAUGCUCUCGAGGAAUUUAUGGCGUUGAUGCCCUCGCUGCAAGAGUUUACGUAUCGUUACACUGGAGCCAAAAAGCAGUGGACGUUGGUUCGCAGGGUGGACAUAAUUGACAUUUUAUGCAACAUAAUGAAAACAGGCCAUUACUCGAGAUUGACCAGACUGGACCUCGACUCGGAUGGGACAGUUCUCAGUGGGGAAGACUUUCGCAAAAUUUCAACGUUGAAGUUACGAGAAGAACUGAAACUUCGCAGUUUUUCGGCCCAAGUGUUCAUAAAGACGGAGCCGGAUUGGGAAUAUUUGUGUGCAUGGCUGUAUAAACUUGGUCCAUCCCUGGUAUAUUUAGACCUCCAGGUUCGCACACAUUUCCCACAACUGCUCAGCGAGCAAGAACUUCCCUGGUGUUUCCCACGGGUGGGGACAGCGAAGCUAUUGUUGGACUCGAAUCUUAAAACUUUUCUCAGACGGAUGCCCAACGUUAAGAGCUUCAUAGGAGUGUACGACAAUGAACUGCUUCCAUUAAGCGAAAGCUCUUGUGGGGGUUAUAGUGUGGGAGGUGGUAGCGGAGGAGGUGGUGGGUGUGCUUCGUCAUACGAUGAAUCAGAGUCGACCACGACGGCGAGCAGUUCGAGUCAGAAGAGUCAUCACAGCCAGGAGCAUAAUUUGAACCAAAACAAUGGGAAUGAGGUUACAGACGCAAAAGAUGGUCCAACCACAAUAGAAGAUAUCACAACAACGACGCAAAGCCCCCACUUGACAAAACCAUCAAUCACCACGCCAAAUCCUGUCGCUAACAGUUUUGACGACUAUGAUCAACUGCCCUCUUGUCCAACCGCCCGACACCUCAGAAUCCUAGGAAAUGACGAAUUUGGUCUCGAUGUAGAAUGGAAAUCUCGAGUCUUUUGCAAUAUCACCUCUUUCGAAACAGAUAUUUACUUUGACGAAGACUUGCGACUUAUUUGGCUCCAUAUGCAAAGAAUACGCAGACUGGUGCUUCAUAUCCGGACAAAAGUUUGCGAACAGGCUUUCACCGGAGCAGGAGUCCUCGCUUUGACCCCGAGCCGUUUAAAGCACGCUGGAGAAGAGGAAUUCCAGAGUGCUGAACAUCUCGCCAAAUUGGAGGAGUAUCCACACCUUGGAUUAUUAAGAGGUCUUGAAACUUUCGAAAUUUUGACUGGUUCUCGCCAGGAUGCGUAUGGCUCUCAGUUUUCGGCAUCUCUCAUCAUUUACGGGGUUGGUUUACUCGAUAAUUUGAAACGACUCGUGUUACCACCUGCAAUCACGCCCAUCUGUCUGGAAGAAUCACUCGGAUACUUAUCCAAACUCAGAGGUCUCACAUAUCUGUCCGUUACUGACGACACUUUCAAAAGCGUCCUCCCCUUCCACAUGCUCAAAAUGGAUUUGCCAAACUUGGAAAUUGUGGUGAGAUACUAUCAAUCAGAUUCUAAGCGACAAGCAGGAAACUUUUGGAGACUGGAACGAUUUCCGUUUCCAGACUUUUUGCCGGAUCGUGUACGAAGAGUGAACAGUAUGGAGAAGAGGCACUCAACACCGUCAUAAAGAGUAUAAAUUACUAUUUCAAAAUUACUAGUUAUUACUAAAACUAAUUAUCAAUUUAAAAAAACAUGGUACAUUAUGAAAUUAUGAAAUAAUAAAUAAUAAUA